AUGCUCAUGAUGAGCUUGUGUCCUUUUUUGCUAAUGAACCAGAAUAUACAAAUGAAUUGAUCAGAAUUGUACGAUCUGAGGAAACUAUAUCUGGAUCUAUUAGAACACUUGCAAUGCUUGCGUUAGGAGCUCAGUUAGCUGCCUAUACAUCAUCACAUGAACGAGCUCGGAUUCUCAGUGGAUCUAGUAUCAGUUUUGCUGGUGGGAACAGAAUGAUACUGCUGAAUGUGCUCCAGAGGGCUAUUUUGCAAUUGAAGAGUUCUAAUGAUCCAUCUUCCCUUGCCUUUGUUGAGGCACUUCUCCAAUUCUAUCUUCUACAUGUUGUUUCAACCUCAACUUCUGGGAGUAAUGUUAGGGGUUCAGGCAUGGUACCUACUUUCUUGCCUUUGCUGGAGGAUUCUGAUCCCUCACAUAUUCAUCUAGUCUGUUUUGCUGUGAAAACCCUUCAGAAGCUUAUGGAUUAUAGUGGCUCAGCUGUAUCUUUGUUUAAAGAGUUGGGUGGUAUUGAGUUAUUGGCUCAAAGAUUACAGAAGGAGGUACAGAGGGUCAUUGGUUUGGUUGGAGAAAAUGGUGAUGAUAUGAUGCUCACUGGUGAAAGCUCCAGACAUAACGCUGAUCAAUUGUAUGCCCAGAAACGGCUCAUAAAGGUCUCCCUCAAGGCACUUGGUUCUGCAACAUAUGCACCUGUGAACUCUACUAGAUCCCAACAUUCUCAGGACAGCUCACUACCUGCAACUCUGGUUUUGAUAUUUGGGAAUGUAGAUAAGUUUGGGGGUGACAUUUAUUAUUCAGCUGUAACUGUUAUGAGCGAAAUAAUACACAAAGAUCCAACAUGUUUUUCUGCUCUUCAUGAAAUGGGUCUACCUGAUGCAUUUUUGUCAUCAAUUAGAUCUGGAAUACUUCCUUCAUCAAAGGCUUUGACAUGCAUCCCAAAUGGUCUUGGGGCCAUUUGUCUUAAUGCUAAAGGAUUAGAAGCUGCGAGAGAAUCUUCAUCUUUGCGAUUCCUUGUUGACAUUUUCACUAGUAAAAAGUAUGUCUUGGCCAUGAAUGAGGCUAUUGUUCCGCUGGCAAAUUCUAUUGAGGAACUUCUCCGUCAUGUAUCUUCAUUGAGAAGUGCUGGUGUUGACAUUAUCAUUGAAAUCAUUCAUAAGAUUGCAUCACUUGGAGAGGGAAAUGGUGCAGGACCUUCAAGAAAAGCUAAUGAUGAUACUGCAAUGGAGACGGAUUCAGAAGCCAAAGAAAAUGAAGGCCAUUGUUGCCUUGUUGGCACAGAAGAAGAUUCAGCCGCUGAAGGAAUAAGUGAUGAGCAGUUUAUUCAGCUGUGUGUUUUUCAUUUGAUGGUACUGGUUCACAGGACUAUGGAAAAUUCUGAAACAUGCCGGUUAUUUGUGGAAAAAUCAGGAAUUGAUGCUCUAUUGAAGUUGUUAUUGCGACCCACCAUUGCACAAUCUUCAGAUGGCAUGUCUAUUGCUUUACAUAGCACCAUGGUUUUUAAGGGGUUUGCUCAACAUCAUUCUUCUCCUCUUGCACGUGCCUUUUGUUCCUCCCUUAGAGAACACAUGAAGAAAGCACUAGCUGGGUUUGGUGCAGCUUCUGAACCUUUGUUGCUGGAUCCAAGGAUAACACCCGAUAAUGGCAUCUUUUCCUCACUCUUCCUUGUUGAGUUUCUUCUCUUUCUUGCUGCAUCAAAAGACAAUCGUUGGGUGACUGCAUUGCUUACUGAAUUCGGAAAUGGAAGUAAGGAUGUUCUGGAAGAUAUUGGACAUGUGCACCGUGAAGUUCUGUGGCAAAUUGCCCUGCUUGAGAAUACAAAGACUGAGACUGAGGAAGAUGGUGCUUGUUCUUCUGGGUCACAACAAACAGAGGCAGAUGCAAAUGAAACUGAAGAGCAACGAUUCAAUUCUUUCAGACAGUUUCUUGAUCCAUUACUGAGAAGGAGGACAUCAGGAUGGAGUAUUGAAUCCCAAUUUUUUGACCUCAUAAACCUGUAUCGAGAUUUGGGUCGUUCCCCUGGUUCUCAACACAGAUCAAUUUCUGUUGGGCCUUCAAGCAUGCGGUCAACUUCUUCUAAUCAGUUGCAUCAUUCAGAUGAUAAUUCUGGGACUACUAACAAGAAGGAAUCUGACAAGCAGAGGCCAUAUUAUAACACCUGUUGUGACAUGGUUAAAUCACUUUCAUUUCAUAUUACCCAUUUGUUCCAGGAGCUAGGAAAAGUAAUGCUGCUACCUUCGCGUCGACGUGAUGAUAUUGUGAGUGUAAGCCCAGCUUCAAAGUCAGUGGCUUCUACUUUUGCAUCUAUUGCUCUCGAUCACAUGAAUUUUGGUGGCCAUGGAAAUAUUUCGGGAACCGAAGCCUCCAUAUCUACCAAGUGUCGGUAUUUGGGGAAAGUGAUAGAAUUUUUGGAUACUUUUCUGAUGGAGAGGCCUGAAUCAUGCAAUCCUGUUCUUCUGAAUUGCUUGUAUGGACGCGGAGUUAUUCAAUCUGUGUUGACCACAUUUGAAGCUACCAGUCAGCUGCUUUUUACAGUUAAUAGGACCCCUGCCUCGCCUAUGGAUACUGAUGAUGCAAAUGCAAAGCAAGAUGACAAGGAAGACACUGAUAAUUCGUGGAUUUAUGGUUCUUUAGCAAGUUAUGGUAAAUUGAUGGACCAUCUUGUGACCUCCUCUUAUGUAUUAUCAUCCUUCACAAAGCAUUUGCUUGCACAGCCUCUUACAAAUGGUGAUGCACCUUUCCCACGUGAUGCUGAGACUUUUGUUAAGGUCCUCCAGUCAACAGUGUUAAAGACCGUGCUUCCUGUUUGGACUCAUCCCCAGUUUGUCGAUUGUAGUCAUGAAUUUAUUGCAACCAUUAUCUCUAUCAUUCGGCAUGUAUAUUCAGGCGUUGAAGUAAAAAAUGUAAAUAACAGUGGGAGUGCUCGUGUUACCGGACCGCCUCCUAAUGAAGCAACCAUUUCAACCAUUGUGGAGAUGGGCUUUUCUAGAUCUAGAGCUGAGGAAGCUUUGAGGCAAGUUGGGUCAAAUAGUGUGGAGUUGGCUAUGGAGUGGUUGUUCACCCAUCAGGAGGAGACACAAGAAGAUGAUGAACUUGCCCGUGCACUUGCCAUGUCCCUUGGAAACUCGGAAUCCGAAACAAAGGAUGCUGCAGGACAUGACAAUUCUCAACAGCUUGAGGAAGAGACUGUCCAACUUCCUCCUGUUGAUGAGUUAUUGUCUACUUGUGCAAAACUGCUUUUGAAGGAGCCGCUUGCUUUUCCUGUUCGUGACUUGUUUGUCAUGAUAUGUUCUCAGGAUGAUGGUAAAUCUAGAUCUGAUGUCAUCACUUUUAUUGUUGACCGGAUCAAGGAAUGUGGCUUGGUUUCUAGUAACGGAAAUAACACCAUGCUGGCAGCUCUUUUUCAUGUUCUUGCUUUAAUUCUUAAUGAAGAUGCUGUGGCUCGGGAAGCUGCUUCGAAGAGUGGUUUGAUAAAAAUUGCCUCAGAUUUACUCUGCCAGUGGGAAUCUAGUCUUGACAGUACGGACAAAAAGCAGGUGCCAAAAUGGGUUACAGCUGGUUUUCUAGCAUUAGACAGGUUGUUGCAACUGGAUCAGAAGUUGAAUUCUGACAUUACUGAGCAGUUGAAGAAGGAUGCUGUGAAUAACCAGCAGACAUCACUUACCAUCGAUGAAGAUAGGCAAAACAAGUUGCAGUCUGCAUUGGGACUCUCUACAAAGUAUGCAGAUAUAAAUGAGCAGAAGAGACUUGUUGAGGUUGCUUGCAGUUGUAUGAAGAACCAACUUCCCUCAGACACCAUGCAUUCCGUUCUACUGCUUUGUUCCAAUCUUACAAGGAAUCAUUCUGUAGCUCUUACCUUUUUAGAUGCUGGUGGUUUAAGUUUACUUCUUUCUCUGCCAACAAGUAGCCUCUUCCCUGGAUUUGAUAAUGUUGCUGCUAGUAUUGUGCGCCAUGUACUUGAGGAUCCCCAAACACUUCAGCAAGCAAUGGAAUCUGAGAUAAAACAUAGUCUUGUAGUUGCAUCUAACCGGCAUCCAAAUGGAAGGGCCAAUCCUCGCAAUUUCCUUUCAAACUUAUCUUCUGUAAUUUCCCGAGACCCAGCAAUUUUCAUGCAAGCUGCAAAAUCUGUGUGCCAAGUGGAAAUGGUAGGUGAAAGACCGUAUGUUGUUCUGUUGAAGGAUCGGGAUAAAGACAAAAUUAAGGAGAAAGAAAAAGAGAAGGAUAAAUCAUUGGAAAAAGACAAAGUGCAGAAUAGUGAUGGGAAGGUUGGUUUGGGAUAUUCAAACACAGCAGCUUCUGGCCAUGGCAAAAUUCAUGACUCCAAUUCUAAGAGUGUAAAAAGUCAUAAAAAGCCUCCUCAAAGUUUUAUUAAUGUGGUAGAACAACUUCUUGAUUCUGUAUGCACUUUUGUUCCUCCGAGAAAGGAUGACAUUGCCCCAAAUGUACAUCUUGUGCCUUCAACCUCAAGUGACAUGGACAUCGAUGUCUCUACAGGCAAGGGAAAAGGAAAAGCUGUUGCUACCAUAUCUGAGGCGAAUGAAACCAGUAGUCAGGAAGCUUCUGCAUCACUUGCUAAAGUUGUCUUUAUUCUGAAGCUUUUAACAGAGAUAUUAUUGAUGUAUUCAUCAUCUGUUCAUGUUCUACUUCGACGGGAUGCUGAGAUGAGCACCAUUAGGGGCAGUUAUCAAAAGAGUCCUGCUGGUUUAAGCAUCGGUGGAAUAUUCCAUCAUAUUCUUCACAAUUUUCUUCCACACUCUCGAAAUUCCAAGAAGGAUAAUAAAGUUGAUGGUGAUUGGAGACAGAAACUGGCCACCAGGGCAAACCAGUUUUUGGUGGCUGCCUGUGCUCGUUCUGCAGAGGCAAGAAAGAGGGUAUUUAGUGAGAUUAGUUGUAUCAUCAACGAAUUUGUUGAGUCAUGUAAUGGUGUUAAGCCACCAGGCAAUGAAAUUCAGGUUUUUAUGGAUCUACUUAAUGAUGUUUUGGCUUCUCGAACACCUUCUGGUUCAUGCAUCUCAGCGGAGGCCUCUGCCACUUUUAUUGAUGCUGGUCUAGUUAAGUCACUCACUCGAACUCUUCAAGUUUUGGACUUGGACCAUGCUGAUUCAUCCAAAGUUGCCACUGGCAUUAUUAAAGCUCUUGAGUUGGUCUCCAAGGAACAUGUACAGUCAGUUGAUUCUAAUACGGGGAAGGGUGAUGGUACUACAAAACCUUCUGAUCUUAAUCAACCUGGAAGAGAGGAUAAUACUGGUGAGAUGCCUCAGUCCAUGGAAAUGACAUCUCAAGCCAAUAGUGAUUCCCUUCAAGGAUGUGACCGUGGGUCUUACAAUGCAAUUCAGUCUUAUGGUGGGUCUGAAGCUGUUACUGAUGAUAUGGAACAUGAUCAAGAUCUUGACGAAAGCUAUGCUCCUACUAAUGAGGAUGAUUACAUGCAUGACAAUGCUGAAGAUGCAAGAGGUCUUGAGAAUGGAUUGGAAAAUGCAGGGUUACGAUUUGAAACUCAAACUCAUGGUCAAGAAAAUAUUGAUGAAGAUGAUGAGGAUGAUGAAAUGUCUGGAGAUGAUGGUGAGGAUGCAGAUGAAGAUGAGGAAGAUGAUGAGGAACAUAACGAUAUGGAAGAUGAAGUACAUCACUUGCCACAUCCUGAUACAGACCAAGAUGAUCAUGAGAUUGACGAUGAUGAGUUUGAUGAUGAAGUGAUGGAGGAGGAGGAUGAAGAGGAUGAGGAAGAUGAGGAUGGUGUUAUACUGCGACUUGAUGAGAGUAUUAAUGGAAUUAAUGUUUUUGAUCAUAUUGAAGUAUUUGGCAGGGAGAAUAAUUUUCCAAAUGAAGCUUUUCAUGUGAUGCCAGUUGAAGUUUUCGGAUCUAGACGGGGAAGGACAACUUCAAUUUACAGUCUUUUGGGUAGAACUGGUGAUGCUGGAACGCCUUCUCGCCAUCCGCUUUUAGUUGAACAUACUGCAUUCCAUCCAUCGACAGGGCAAUCAGAUAAUUUAAUGGAGAACAACUCAACAGGGUUGGAUAAUAUAUUUCGAUCACUGAGGAGUGGCCGCAAUGGACAGCGGUUGAACUUGUGGACUGACGGUAACCAGCAGAGUGGUGGUUCAAGUACUGGGGUUGUUCCACCUGGCCUUGAGGAUUUGCUUGUCUCUCAAUUAAGGCGUCCUAGCCCUGAAAAGUCAUCCAAUAAGAACAGAACUGAAGGAGGAGGUGCUCCUAGUAAAGUUGAAGUCAGCCAUGCACAAGAUUCAGGAGGUGCACCAACAAAUGUCCCUGUUGAAAGUAAUGCAAUUCAGGAAGUUGUUACUUUAGCUCCUUCAACAAAUGAUGACAGCAGCAAUGCUGAUACCAGACCUGUAGGAACUGCAUCUCAGCAAGAAAAUGCAUCUGGCACUCAGUCACAAGCAGUUGAGAUGCAAUUUGAGCAUAAUGAGGGACCUGUGAGGGAUGUUGAAGCUGGGAGCCAAGAGAGUAGUGGUAGUGGGGCAACUUUUGGUGAAAGCCUUCGCAGUCUAGAUGUUGAGAUUGGAAGUGCUGAUGGCCAUGACGAUGGUGGAGAAAGGCAGGUUUCUGCUGAUCGAAUAGUUGGAGAUUCACAGGUUGUGCGCACAAGAAGAGCAAAUAUGCCUUUGAGUCAUUCAUCUCCUGCAGGUGGUAGAGAUGCAUCCCUUCAUAGUGUUACUGAAGUCUCUGAAAAUUCUAGUCGAGAUGCAGACCAAGAAGGUCCAUCAUCAGAGCAGCAGGUCAAUAGUGAUGCUGGCUCAGGUGCAAUAGAUCCUGCUUUUCUGGAUGCUCUUCCCGAGGAGCUGCGCGCUGAAGUCCUAUCAGCUCAGCAAGGUCAAGUGGCACAAACAUCAAAUCCUGAGCCUCAAAACAAUGGGGAUAUCGAUCCAGAGUUUCUUGCAGCUCUUCCUGCAGAUAUUCGAGCAGAGGUUCUAGCUCAACAGCAAGCACAGAGGAUGCAUCAAUCUCAGGAAUUGGAAGGCCAACCUGUAGAAAUGGACACGGUCUCGAUAAUUGCAACAUUCCCUUCUGAUUUACGAGAAGAGGUUCUGUUAACUUCUCCUGAUACUAUUCUUGCCAAUCUUACACCUGCUCUUGUUGCGGAGGCAAAUAUGUUGCGUGAGAGGUACGCACACCGUUAUAGUCGUACCCUGUUUGGCAUGUAUCCAAGAAGUCGUAGAGGUGAGACUUCUAGACGUGAAGGUAUUGGCUCUGGUCCGGACGGCGUUGGUGGAAACACCUCAUCACGCCGGUCCAGUGGUGCUAAGGUUGUUGAAGCUGAUGGAGUACCACUAGUUGAUACGGAAGCUUUGCAUGCCAUGAUUCGUUUGUUCCGUAUAGUCCAGCCACUCUAUAAAGGUCAACUACAGAAGCUUCUUUUAAAUCUUUGUGCCCAUUGCGAAACAAGAACCUCUCUUGUCCAAAUUCUGAUGGACAUUCUAAUGCUUGAUGUUAAGAGGCCUGCUAAUUAUUUUAGUGCCGUUGAGCCACCAUAUAGAUUAUAUGGUUGUCAUAGCAAUGUAAUGUACUCUCGUCCUCAAUCUUUUGAUGGAGUUCCCCCAUUGCUGUCUCGGCGAAUACUUGAAACACUCACUCAUCUUGCUCGAAAUCAUCCAUAUGUGGCAAAAAGUUUGCUUCAGCUACGGCUGCCUUAUCCUGCAAUUAAAGAACAAGAUAAUGCAAGUGACGCACGUGGGAAGGCUGUGAUGGUUGUGGAAGAUGUAGAUAAAAGUAAUGAAGGUUACGUAUCUAUUGCAAUGCUUUUGCGUCUCUUGAACCAACCACUUUAUUUAAGGAGUAUAGCUCACCUUGAGCAGCUGUUACGUUUACUGGAUGUUAUCGUUGAUAGUGCUGGAGGCAAGCCGAGUUCAACUGACAAAUCCCUGAUCCCUACAUCCAAGCUUCCUGCAGCUCCACAGAUUUCUGCAGUAGAGACAGAUGUAAAUACUGAUUCUGGUGUUAUGUCCUCAGGGGUUGAUGCAUCCAAUAAAGUUGAAGAUUCUGCCAAACCCACUACUUCCAGUAAUAGUGCAGAAAGUGAGUCCCAGAGAGUAUUGAGUAAUCUGCCACAAGAAGAACUCCGGCUACUGUGCUCAUUGCUUGCACAAGAAGGGUUGUCGGAUAAUGCAUACACAUCAGUUGCUGAUGUAAUGAAGAAAUUGGUGGCGAUUGCUCCUACUCACUGUCAGCUAUUUGUCACGCAGCUGUCAGAAGCAGUUAAAAAGUUGACUUCAUCCGCAAUGGACGAACUACGUCUAUUCAGUGAAGCAUUGAAAGCUCUUCUUAGUACAUCUUCUUCUGAUGGAGCUGCUAUUUUGAGAGUUCUGCAAGCCUUGAGUUCCCUUGUAACUUCGUUGACUGAGAAAGAGAUUGAUAGGGUUUCAUCCUCUGCCCUUUCUGAGGUUUGGGAGAUUAAUUCAGCAUUAGAGCCUUUAUGGCAAGAGCUAAGCUGUUGUAUAAGCAAGAUAGAAUCAUACUCAGAUUCUGCAUCCGACUUUUUCACCCCUUCUAGACCAUCCGUGUCUAAACCAUCUGGUGUGAUGCCUCCGCUUCCUGCGGGCUCUCAAAAUAUCUUGCCUUACAUAGAAUCUUUCUUUGUUGUUUGUGAGAAGUUGCAUCCUGCACAGCCUGAUGCCGGUAAUGACUCAACGAUUCCGGUUAUUUCUGAUGUUGAGUAUGCUAGCACAUCUGCCACGCAGCAGAAGGCAUCUGGGCCAGCUGUGAAAGCAGAUGAGAAACAUGCAGCUUUUGUCAGGUUCUCAGAAAAGCAUAGGAAACUACUAAAUGCUUUUAUAAGGCAAAAUCCUGGCUUACUUGAAAAAUCUUUCUCGCUCAUGCUGAAGGUACCAAGAUUUAUCGAUUUUGACAACAAACGGUCCCAUUUCCGAUCAAAGAUUAAGCAUCAGCAUGACCACCACAGUCCUUUAAGAAUUUCAGUAAGAAGGGCAUAUGUUCUAGAAGAUUCUUAUAACCAGCUUCGCAUGCGGUCGACUCAUGAUUUAAAGGGAAGAUUGACUGUUCAUUUCCAAGGAGAGGAAGGCAUUGAUGCCGGUGGGCUUACAAGGGAAUGGUAUCAAUUGUUGUCCAGAGUUAUUUUUGACAGAGGAGCAUUGCUUUUCACCACAGUGGGCAAUGAAUCAACAUUUCAGCCAAACCCAAACUCUGUUUACCAAACAGAACAUUUAUCUUAUUUCAAAUUCGUUGGCAGGGUGGUUGGAAAAGCAUUAUUUGAUGGCCAGCUCUUGGAUGUGCAUUUUACUCGGUCAUUCUACAAGCACAUGCUUGGUGUCAAAGUUACAUAUCAUGAUAUUGAAGCCAUUGAUCCCGACUAUUUCAAAAAUUUGAAAUGGAUGCUUGAGAAUUAUAUCAGCGAUGAUCUGGAUCUUACUUUCAGCAUUGAUGCUGAUGAAGAAAAAUUGAUCUUGUAUGAACGGACACAGGUGAGUGACUAUGAGUUGAUUCCUGGUGGACGGAAUAUCAAAGUUACUGAGGAGAACAAGCAUCAAUAUGUUGAUCUGGUUGCUGAGCAUCGAUUGACAACUGCUAUUCGACCUCAAAUAAAUGCUUUUUUGGAAGGAUUUUAUGAAUUAAUUCCCAAGGAGUUGAUAUCUAUAUUCAAUGACAAAGAGCUGGAAUUAUUGAUCAGUGGACUUCCUGAUAUUGACUUGGAUGACUUGAGAGCCAACACAGACUAUUCUGGCUAUAGUGCUGCAUCGCCAAUUAUCCAAUGGUUUUGGGAGGUUGUUCAAGGUUUCAGCAAGGAAGACAAGGCUAGGCUGUUGCAGUUUGUGACAGGAACAUCCAAGGUGCCUUUGGAAGGCUUCAGCGCUCUCCAAGGAAUAUCAGGCUCUCAGAAGUUUCAAAUACACAAAGCAUAUGGAAGCCCAGAUCACCUACCUUCUGCUCACACAUGUUUUAAUCAACUAGAUCUGCCAGAGUAUCCAUCUAAAGAACAUUUGGAAGAGAGGUUAUUGCUUGCGAUACAUGAAGCAAAUGAGGGAUUUGGAUUUGGUUAAGUUUUUCUCUUGGGGUAUUGAUUGGGGAGAAAAUACUGUGUAUUACAUUUUAGGUUAGGAACUCUAUUAAAUAGAAUUGAGUGGUACAGGGGGUUGACAUUUUUUUUUCUUUUUGAAAGUUCACAACAUGUUAAUAUGCUGUACAGUCGUAUAUUUUCAAUGGAAAUUCCUUUUGGUAGUUUUCAAAGUA